AUGCGGACUUUAUUCUUGCUUUCGUUUUGUUCGGCGUUGGCGUUCGGCCUGGAGAAUGGGCUGGCCCGAACACCGCCAAUGGGAUGGAUGUCUUGGACCAGGUUUUACUGCGAAAUCGAUUGUACAACUCACCCUUUUGGCUGCAUAAAUGAGUACCUGUACAAAAGUCAGGCGGAUCGACUGGCUCUGGAUGGAUACAAGGAUGUGGGAUAUAACAUAAUCCACAUCGACGAUUGCUGGGCCAACUGGGAAAGGGAUGAGAAUGGAAAAAUGGUCGCGAACAAAACGAGAUUCCCAAGUGGAAUGAAUGCGAUUGCUAAAUAUGUAAGGUCUUAUAUUUAUGCAUAUCAUAAAGGUUAAUACUCUAUAUUUUAGAUGCACAACCUCGGCCUGAAAUUCGGCUCGUACGGAGACUACGGUAGCAAGACUUGCGCAGGGUAUCCAGGCUCGAAAAAUUUCGAAAAAAUUGACGCCUUUACUUUUGCUGAAUGGGACGUUGACUACAUAAAAUUGGACGGAUGCUACGCUACAGAGAGAGAGUUAUACAAGGGAUUCCCUCUGUUUGGCCGCUACUUGAAGCAAACAAGACGGCCUAUCGUCUAUUCCUGCGUUUGGGCCCCUUACAUCGAGAAUAGAACGAGCAUCAAUUACGAUACGAUCGCAAGGACCUGUAAUCUUUGGAGAAAUUAUGAGGAUAUUGCCAGUUCAUGGGAAUCGUUGCACAGAAUUAUUGGGUUUUAUAUUAAAGAUCAGGACCUACUCAUCCCAAUUCAUGGCCCCGGACAUUGGAAUGAUCCUGAUAUGGUAAGCAUAGUCUUGUGUGUCGUAUAAAGUAAUGAUUUCUAGUUGAUUGUCGGCAACCCCGGAGUUUCAAUCGGUGUUGCUCGAGUUCAAAUGGCGGUUUGGUCGAUCUGGUCAGCUCCGUUGAUCAUGUCCAACGACUUGAGACUAAUAAGUGAAGAGGAAGCUGCGCUUCUCAAGAAUGAAAAAGUCAUUGCUGUAAAUCAAGAUGAACUUGGAAUUAUGGGACGCAUGGUUAAAAAGGUAGGAAAUAAGAGAGUGCUAGACUAGACAGGCCUCGAAAAUACAAAUUGAGUUUGUUUUCAGACUGACCAACUCUACUAUUUUGUCAAACCGAUGACGCCGUAUGUCAAAGGCGAGAAGAACCGGUAUUCCUAUGCCGUGGCUGUAGUUAAUUACUCCAACGCCCCUGCUGUAAGUUCAACUUUGAGUAGUGUUUUUGCUACGACUUCUACUUUUGUCAAAACGUUCCUAUUCAUAUUUUCAGACCUUCAAGUUUACCUUGGACAACUUCGGAAUCUCGGAUGCUAAAGGCUAUUCGGUUGAAGAUCUUUUCUUGCGCAAGCCUCUAGGUCACUACACAAAAGACACUGUAAUUAACGGAGCCGUUUCCCCUCAGGAUGCUUUCUUCAUCAAAGCGACGAUCGUAAUAUAA